CAUUCCCCUGCACAACCUGUCCACAUGUCGAGACCUCACGACCUGCAACGCUCCUUUCAUCUUUACAGUUGUCUGCCUUCCUAGAGCCCGCCUUGCACAGCUGCCUGACCUUCAUUGCCUGCUCCGGUUGCUACAUUCAUCAUUUGCGUACAAGCCCGAAGCAGUCUACCAACAUGUUCUUCCUAUUCCGCUGGACGCUCUACUUCCUCGGUUUCUACCUCGCCAUCAUGCUGACCUGCUUCGGUCUCUACACGUACAUGCCCAAUCCUCCACGGAUCCUCGGCUUCAUAGCCCGCUCGUUGUCUGCCUACCUCACUUUAAUCAUCUGCGCAAGUUAUGGAACAGUUGCUUCCGCCAUACUGAAGAUCAUGGGCCUAAAUUAUGCAUACGGACAGUGGACGACGGCGAAGGCCUUCAAAUACCUGGGCAUCUACACCAUGGGCAUCAAAUUUGACAUUCUUGACAACGGCGAGGAAAUUUUGAACAGCAACCGGCCCGCGGUGUUCAUUGUAAACCACCAGACGGAGCUCGAUGUGUUGCUCCUGGGUUGGAUAUGGCCGAAACACUGCUCCGUUACGGCCAAGAAAUCUCUGCGCAACAUUCCUUUCUUGGGCUGGUUCAUGACCCUGUCCGGCACGGUGUUCAUUGACAGAGUGGAUAGAAGUCAGGCGAUGAAAGCAUUUGAGGGUGCUGCUACGGCCAUGAAGGAGAAAAGGCAAAGCGUGCUCAUCUUUCCGGAAGGCACGAGGAGUUACUCCGCUGAGCCAAUGCUGCUCCCAUUCAAGAAGGGUGCUUUUCAUCUUGCAGUACAGGCCGGUGUGCCGAUUGUUCCCAUAGUGGCGGAGAAUUAUAGCUAUGUGUUGAACAUCAAGGCUAGAAGGUUCAAUAGUGGGACAAUUCGAGUGAAAGUCCUCGAUCCGAUACCGACCAAAGGGCUCACUCCUGCUGAUGUCGACAACUUGACUCGGGACACACGCGAGAAGAUGCUGGACGCCAUAGCCGCCAUGGGCCGGGACCAAAGAUCGUUAUCAGUCGAAUCGAAGAAGACUUCUUGAGCACCAGGCAAAGGAUCUUUUUUGCACAGGCCAUCAAUUUUUAGCCCUCCAGACUACAGGCACUAUUAGCUUUCGACGGCGGAGAAGGGAAAAGUACUGCUGGGACUGAGGCUCAACUCUGAGCAGCAGAGCACGAAGCUCGGUCAAACUUGCGGAACAGCGACCGUUUGAUGCAUGAUACCACAGAAAGUUCCCCUUCUCGGAUGCCGAUCCAGAUUCCAGCCGCCAAUUGCCAGUAAUGGGGCGGCGAGCGGUGGCCGUCUCGUAUAGUUCUCCAGCGCUCCGGUGUAGUCGGUCACGGAUUUGAGACUCGACUAUGUAUCUAUGCCACCAGAAAUGGCUUUAGAUGUCGAAGAAAGCCCCCACAGCGUUAGGUGAGACGGCGUAUGAUGAUGGGAGCCACCAGCGGGUUACAGAUGGAUAAGAUUUAUGAGAGGUGAUUGAUGCCUUACGAGAAACGAUGUUCUUAGGAUAAAUGCACCAUCUUCUACUGAUGAAGAUGAAAUGGCGUAUCCUCCCCUGACGGAUUUUACGAGCACAAGCACUUACUGGCAUAGCAUCACCUGAGAGCACGAUAGAAUUUAGAAAUCAUCAGAUACCCC